GAAGGAAGACAGGAUAAAGACAUGCUGUGCAAAUCAAAGAGGGCUUGGUCGAUUUGAAUGGAUCAAUAUGUUUAUUUAGAUGUCACUUAUCCAAUCUAACAAACAAUGUCAAGUCGACUGUCCACUAAGUGGUAGGCCAUGCAGAUGCUAAGGUGUGUAGUGAUGGAUGUGUACUGGAGGUUCUUACUGUGGACGUUUCAGUUACCUCAGCUCAUUCUGCCUUUAAAUUCCUAAAAUACACAAACACAUUUGUACAGUCAUUUCGCAUGUAAAUCAACUGGGUCCAGUUCUCUUGAAUGGUGAAUGGGAACACGUGAUGUCUGCAUGGUACCUGAUACCUGGUGCCUUUUAGAGAGCAGAGCUGUUAUGGCAUCACCAUGUGUAGCAUUUCCUGUGCUUGUGGGCAUCCUUGUUUUUUCAUGUGGUAUAAGGCGUGUGCUGCCACCAUCACCUCCAUAAGAGUUGCAGCUGGUGGUACAUGUGCUGCCUACAUUACCUGUGGUACCAGAAAAAGAGGAAAAGUCAAACUGCAUCAUACGUUUAGUUUUUAUGCAAUCUGAACAUAGAAAUAAAAAUUCCAAAUAUUAUCAAUGUAAUCUUGGUUGUAGUUUCAUAUGGUUUUGUCAUUUUUCUACAUUAAGCUGUUCUGUCUUCAGUAUCUGGUAUCUGUUUGUCAAGCUCAGGGAUUUCAAUCCAAGCCUCUGACAUUAUUUUGACUCAGUAUGCUCACACUGCUGCAUCACACAGUCAAGAGCCUGGAAUUUGACCUGUUUUAUGAUGAAUUUAUUAAUCUGGUGCAAGAUAAUGGUAAACUCCUCAUAUGUACCGAUAUCUGAGCCCCAGUAAGACGGCAGCUAGGUGCUUUGAUUUAGCUGGGACUAUGCGAUAUCUGCAGAUGGGUGAGGGUACCUGACACCUCUCUUUCAGAAGAAAUGUCCGUUGACACGACUCAUAUUAAACAGACUUUUUAAUUGGUUUUGGAACAUUUUUAUUAUGACCUUGUUAAGCCUUGCUGACUUUUCUCACUCUCUUCCUGUUGGUUGUUGCAUUUCAGUUCACACAUUUAGCAAAUCUCCUGGACUGGGAUUACAGCUUGCUAGGGAUUUAGGAUUUCUGCCUGCCCAACACAUGUUGCACAGUUACCUUUGUGAGUUGUGCUUUCAUGUCUGUUCUGCUGUCCAUUGCUGCAUUCUCUGUCUUUCAUGAGAAGCCAGCCGUUUUGGCUGAGUGUAUCCUGGGGACUAAGGAAACAACGACACGGCACCAAAGCUGCAUCUUUUUGCUCUGAAAUGGAACAAUAUUGAGAUGGUUUUGAGAUGAGCAGGUUUGCUGAUGCAAUAACAUUUGAAGAUUAUUGAUAAACUGUUUUAAGUGUUCAGAGAGUGAUUUUUUUUUUUUUUUUUUUUUACGUGUGCUUUUUUCUUUGCAUCUGUUUUGAAGCUAAACAUGAAAGCAGCCCCUGAUAUUACUGAUAAUAAUCCUUUUGUUUUUGUGGUUAGUGGAGUUGGAUGGUUUACCCGUAAAGAACGUUCACUUUAAAGAAGUUGUGACUUCCUUUUUUUGCAAACUUAAUUUACCCAAAGAUUAUCCACAUUGAUUCAGAUUAACUGUCUGUGGGAACAUUUCUGCAACUUCGAGGCAGCAUCAAAACCAAUCUCUGUUAUAAGUGAGCAAAUCCGAGAUGAACAGCAUCUUCAGCGUCAGCCCGCUGUCUUCAGCCCUCGUGUGUACCACCGCUGCUGCAGCGACUGGGGACAAGCCUGGGCUUUUGGCUAAAGGGGCUUUUAUCACAGAAGAGGACAAAAACAAAGAUGUUGUUCCCAAUAACAGCCAGCAGCAGGUCUUUCUGACACAUGUGGUGGAGGAAUUCUUCUGGAUAGGCAGCAGCAUUGUGGCCUUUUCCAAGUGGAGACUGGGCUACAUGGUGGAGAAAUGCAUGAGCUCCAUGCAGAUGGGGACCCAGAUGUUGAAGCUCCGCGGCAGCUCCAAGGGACUCGUGCGGUUCUUCUAUUUGGACGAACACAAGUCCUGCAUCCGCUGGAGGCCGUCACGCAAGAAUGAAAAGGCCAAGAUUUCCAUUGACUCCAUCCGGGAGGUGUGUGAGGGUAAGCAGUCUGAGAUCUUCCAGCGCUAUGCAGAGGGCAGCUUUGAUCCAAACUGUUGCUUCAGCCUCUACUAUGGAGAACACAUGGAGUCCCUGGACCUGGUGUCCACGACUGGUGAGGAGGCACGCACUUGGAUCACAGGCCUCAAGUACCUGGUGGCUGGGAUCAGUGAUGAGGACAGCCUUGCUAAGAGGCAGCGCACCCGUGACCAAUGGCUAAAGCAGACCUUCACAGAGGCUGAUAAGAAUGGCGAUGGCAGCUUAAGCAUCAGCGAAGUUCUCCAGCUCCUGCACAAACUCAAUGUCAACCUGCCCCGACAGAAGGUCAAACAGAUGUUCAAGGAGGCAGACACAGAUGACACCCAGGGAACUCUGGGCUUUGAGGAGUUUUGUUCCUUCUACAAGAUGAUGUCGACCCGCAGGGAUCUGUACCUCCUCAUGCUCAGCUACAGCAACCACAAGGACCAUCUCAACACUGAUGACCUGGCCCGCUUCCUGGAGAUUGAGCAAAAGAUGGCCAAGGUGAGUAAAGACCACUGCCUGGACAUCAUCCGCAAAUUUGAGCCGUGCUCUGAGAACCAAAAGCAAGAUGUUUUGGGAAUUGAUGGUUUUACAAAUUAUAUGCGCAGCCCAGCAGGGGACAUCUUCAACCCAGAUCACUACAGCGUGAACCAGGACAUGACCCAGCCCCUGUGCAACUACUUCAUCGCCUCAUCACACAACACUUACCUGAUGGGUGAUCAGUUAAUGUCACAGUCCAGGGUGGAUAUGUAUGCCUGGGUGCUGCAGUCUGGCUGUCGCUGUGUGGAAGUUGAUUGUUGGGACGGUCAGGACGGUGAGCCCAUUGUCCAUCAUGGCUACACCCUAACCUCCAAGAUCCUCUUCAGAGAUGUCAUUGAGACAAUCAACAAGUACGCCUUUGUCAAGAAUGACUACCCAGUGAUCCUCUCUAUAGAGAACCACUGCAGUGUUCCCCAGCAAAAGAAGAUGGCUCAGUACCUGAUUGAGAUCCUGGGGGACAAGCUGGAUGUCUCCAACAUCAAAGCUGAUGAAUCUGGGCAGCUGCCAUCCCCAGAAGCACUCAGGGGCAAGAUCCUUGUGAAGGGUAAGAAACUUCCUCCCAACAUAGACGAGAAUGCAGAGGAGGGAGAUGUGUCUGACGAGGACAGUGCUGAUGAAAUGGAGGAUGACUGUAAGCUGAUCAAUGGGGAUAUGUCAGCUGACAGAAAGCAAAUAGAGAACAUGGCCAAGAAGAAGCUUGACAACUUGAUGAAGGAAUCCAAGAUCCGAGACAGAGAGGAUCCAGACAGCUUUACCAUCACAGCCCUCCCUCCUGCUGGGAAGACCAUGGAUAAAACUUGCAGUAAGGGUAAACGUAAGGAUGCGAUGGACACAGCAGAUGAGGCUUUUCCAAGCAGCAACAAGCGCUCAGGCCGCUCCUUCAUAGAGAGCUUCUCUAAACGCAAGAAAAAGGCAUCCAAGCUGAAGAAGGUCUCAAGCUUUGAAGACACAGACACAGACCAAGAAAGCACAAGUAGUGCUUCACGUGCCCCGCUGCAUCACAACAAAAAGAAGAAAACCAUGAAGCUGUCCAGAGCUCUGUCAGAUCUAGUCAAAUACACGCGGUCUGUGGGUCUCUAUGACAUCGAAGCACAAGCUAACUGUGGCUGGCAGGUAUCAUCUCUGAGUGAGACUAAAGCCCACCAGGUGAUGCAGCAAAAAGCAUCGUCCUUCAUUCAGUUCAACCAGCGGCAGCUGUCCCGCAUCUAUCCUUCCUCGUACCGUGUGGACUCCUCCAACUUCAACCCUCAGCCCUUCUGGAAUGCUGGGUGCCAGCUUGUUGCACUCAACUACCAGUCUGAAGGCCGGGUCCUCCAACUCAACAGAGCCAAAUUCUAUAGUAAUGGCAACUGUGGCUACAUCCUCAAACCGGCCUUCAUGAGCGAAGGUGCCUUUAACCCCAACGUGGAAGACCCCAUUCCUGGUCAGAUGAAGAAACAGCUGGUGUUAAAGGUCAUUAGUGGACAACAGCUGCCAAAACCCAAAGACUCAAUGCUGGGAGACCGAGGAGAGAUCAUUGAUCCCUUUGUGGAAGUGGAGAUCAUUGGCCUCCCAGUGGAUUGCUGCAAGGAACAGACCAGAGUGGUGGAUGAUAAUGGUUUCAACCCGAUGUGGGAGGAGACUUUGGUGUUCAUGGUUCACAUGCCCGAGCUGGCCCUGAUUCGUUUCCUUGUGUGGGAUCAUGACCCAAUUGGCCAGGACUUCAUUGGCCAGCGAACCAUUGCCUUUAACAGCAUGAUGCCAGGCUAUCGCCAUGUGUACUUGGAAGGAAUGGAGGAAGCUUCCAUCUUUGUUCAUGUAGCUGUUAAUGACGUCACUGGUAAGGCAAGAGCAGCCAGCGGCAUAAAAGGGUUGUUUCACAGAAACCCAAAGCAGGCUUCCCUGGACAGUCACACUGCUGUACAGCACAGCCGUAAGAACCCGUUUGGGGCCCACCUCCUGCGCCGCACGGCCAGUGCACCUACCAAAGGUCAACCCAAAAUCAAGAAAGGUUUACCAGACAUUGCAAUUGACACCAAAGACUACAGCUCAGAGGGAGCUAGUGAGGAACGAGAGUCCAGGGAGGGAGAAAAGGCUUCUGCUGCUACCUCUCAGCACCACAAUGGGGAUUCACUGGCACCCCAACAAACCAAGGGACCGUGGAACCAUUCCGACACAAAUUUUCAUCCCGAGGAAGGUAAAGAUUGUUCUACAGUACACAGACCAGAUGCCCCUCUUCCAUUUCUUGCACUAAACCCCAGAAGACACCGAGAGCAUCCGUUCUGUUCAUCCUGCCUCCACUCAGGAAGAGUAUUCACAUCGCUCCUCAUUUACAUCAGUACAUUCAACACAGCACACCAUUCCUUCAAAUGGGAUGGUACACAGUCCUAUUGUGGUGAAUGGAGAUGCUAUGAAACCUUCUACAGUUUCCAAAACCACAUCCCUCUUCCUGGCAAACCCUGUUGAGAAAAUGUUACUAUCAGGAUACAGUAAAGACCCCAAAACCAACAAAAACACUUAUUUUUACAUGGAGCACAAAUCAAACCAAACCAGGACACUACAGCAGAAACAAAAAGUGAUUCAAGAGUUAAAGUCUGAUGACCAAGCAGAGCUACCUCCUCAUGCAACCGUGUCGGCUAGAACUCCUGCAGUCCCUCCAGCUCAGAUUAGGAGAGCUUCUUUUAGCCAAGUGCCAUCUCACAUUCACAUAAGAAGAACAAAAAGUGAGGGCCAUGCUCGAGGAAAUGUAACCUCAGCUAGGUUGGCUCAGUCAGCAGUACCAGAGAUCUGUGCAGAUGCUACCGUGAAUGAUUGUUUUUGGAGGAAACUGGAGGCAGGCAACCACCAACAGCUGGGCCAGCUGCUGUCACCCAGCGUUUGUCUGCGACAAUGCAAGAGCAAGUCAAACCUCAAUCUUUAGCAAAAUGAGUGCCCCAAAGAUCAGCUUAAUCUCUGUCUUCUGCAGAAUCACUGGUAGAGUGAGCCAGCAGAGUGAGUCAAAGGAGCCACACCUGGAGCCAGAUCUUCAUAGAGGAACUGAAGCAAUCUUCAUCCCCUCCAGCUACAUCCACAACAGCUACAGCUUCUUUGUCCAAAAAGCCUUGGAGAUCUGACCUCUGAUGACAUAUGGUGCAACUUUGAUAGUAAGUACCACAGCAUCAUCUGCAGUUUCACUGUUAGGCAAACCAAAGACCAAUUCCCAAAUGGCAGCCCACAGAACUCAGCCAGUCACUUUACAGAACACUUACGGAAGCUGACUGAUGUGGAGCCCCUGACUGCUGGAGAUUUCGCUUCACGGGUCUAAAGAAUUCCCAGGAGAGCAAGGUGAUAAGACCCUGGUUCGAGGGACUGCCUCCAGGAGCCAAAGCAGAGUGUGUGGUACGUUACAAACCGGGCCAGGGAGGCCAAGGAAAGACUGAAGCUUCAAAGUGUUCCAGUACAGAGGUGCAAGCUUUAGGCUUACUCUUAGCACUGGUAGUAGCCCCAUUGAGGAGCUUGGGAUCCCCGAAGGUGCUUGUUUCAUGUCCCAGAGUCCUUGCAGAUGCCCUGCUGAGUCAGCACAUGCCUCCCCUAUACAAUCCCAAACCUCCACCGACCCUGAAAACAUUACAGUUUCUUUUUUGCUCAAUCUCUAAGAACUGGCUGACUUUAAACUGAUUGUAAGAGAGAAAGCCUGAAACUAGUAUGGAAUAAAUUUGCUCCAGCAAAAAACUUUUUAUUUUAUUUAUAUUAUUAAUAUUUUCUUUCUUGUAGAAAAAGCUGCAAAUCUUGCAAAAUACUGGUCUAAAGAAAGGUGUUUUACCACUUAUUAGUAAUCCAUGAACAAUCUGUUUGACAUUUAAAUGUUGUAUAUUUUGAACCAAUGAUGUACAUUUUUUGUGCAAUCAGGAAACGUCUUGAAAAUGUUCAACAAAUACUGAAAUCUGUUUGCACAAAAUGUUAGAUAUUUUCCAGAAUGUGUUUAGUGACAAAUACCAGGAAUUUUUUUUUUUUUAUGUUGGUUUCGUUGGCUAUCAUUUGCUCUCAUGUUCAAGGGUUUUAUUCGUUGUUUCUUUUUUUUCUUUUUUCUUUUUUCUUUUUUUUACAAAUACAGUAGCAAUACACGUUUACAUGUUUUUCAAAGACGUGUUGUUUUUAUUUACUUGAAGUGGAAUAACUUACUUUGGCUGUGGUAAAAGUUAGAUACUAUAUGCAUUUUUAUAAGACCGUUAAUCCACUAGCAAUAUUUUUUAAAUUGAUGGCAUGGUAUCAUUGUGGAAGAUGUGUAGUUCAAUGCUAAAAGCCAAGGUUCAUCUCAUGUUUUUGCUGAAGAAAGGAACGAUUCUUAAAGUUCUUCAUUUCUCUUUGUGUAGUAGUUACAGUGUAAUUUGACCAGGUUUUGCUAACAUUCUCAUCUGUGGCAUGCCGCAGCAUUUAGAUGCUGUGUUUUGAAGCAGUGCUGUACUACCAAGUUUUAGCCCUUUUAUGCUGACUGCAUGUCUUUUAUGUACUGUAACCUUUAUCCGAAUCUUGUGCUUUUUUUUGCAAAUAUAUUUUAUAUGAAAAUUAAUAUUCUAAACACUGUUUUUAUCGUCUAAUGAUGAUCAAAAUGGCAUCAUGUUUGAAACCCUGUGUUUCCAGUAGUUUGUGAUACUAAAAUAAGAUGAAAAUUAUGCAUUUCAAAGCACGUUUAUUCAUCAGCAUCCUGUAUUGUUUGUUUGAUUUAGACAUUGUGAAUUAAUGAUCUGAAUAAAUCUUAAGUUAAUAAUA